AUGGAAGGAAAAGGUUGUUCUUUGAAAGGUCCUGGAUAUUCAUCUCCUUUGGAAGCAAUGAAAGGUCCUAAAGAAAAAUUAUUGUACGUUCCUUGCAUACAACCAAACUGGAAAAAUAAUAAUAAAUCAGAUUAUUUGGCAACGAUUGACGUCGAUCCACAAAGUCCAACCUACAGUCAGGUUGUUAGCAGGUGUUACCUUCCAAAUGUUGGAGAUGAAGUUCAUCAUACAGGUUGGAAUACUUGCAGUAGCUGUCACGAUGAACCUAAUAAAAAAAGAGAUAAAUUAAUACUUCCUUGUUUGAAAAGUGAUAAUAUUUACGUUAUCGAUGUUGGAACUAAUCCAAGGGAUCCCCAAUUAAAAAAGUGCAUAGAAGGUGAAAAAAUGAGAGCUUUAAAUUGUGGUACCCCCCAUACGGCUCAUUGUUUAGCCAACGGUGACAUUAUGGUGUCCAUUAUGGGCGAUGCAAAAAACGGUCCGAGAGGUAAUUUUAUUCUAAUAGAUCAAGAAAAAAUGGAGGUAAAAGAAUUAUGGGCGAACGAAUCAGCAGAAGCGAAAUUCGGUUACGAUUUUUGGUAUCAGCCCUAUUGGGAUGUUAUGGUAUCAAGCGAAUGGGGAGCACCGAGAAGUUUUCUAAAUGGAUUCGAUCCUACUAAAGUCACAGAUUGGGAUGAAUAUGGUAAAUCUUUAAAUUUUUUCUCGUGGAAAAAUCGAAAAUUAAUACAAACGAUAGAUCUCGGAGAAGAAGGUACGGCACCGUUGGAAAUCAGGUUUUUACACGAUCCAAAAGCUUCUCAGGGUUUUGUCGGUUGCGCUCUUCAUGCAAACGUUUUCAGAUUUUUUAGAAAAUCAGAUGGUACGUGGGAUGCUGAAAAAGUAAUCGAUAUUCCAUGUAAAAAAGUUGAAGGAUGGAAAUUUCCAGAAAUGGAAGGUAUGAUAACGGAUAUAUUAAUAUCAUUGGAUGAUAAAUAUCUCUACCUUAGCAAUUAUCUUCACGGUGAUGUACGUCAAUACGACAUAACGGAACCUUCGAAACCUAAAUUAGUCGGUCAAAUUUUUUUAGGCGGUUCAAUUUUAAAAGAUGGUCACGUAAAAGUCAUCGAUGAUAAAGAACUGAAGUGUCAACCGAAUCCUGUGACGAUUAAAGGACGUCGACUUGUCGGCUCCCCACAAAUGCUUCAACUAAGCCUCGAUGGAAAACGUUUAUAUGUGACUCCAUCACUUUUUUCUCCAUGGGACUCCCAAUUUUAUCCAGAUAUGGUAAAUGCUGGAUCGACUUUAGUUAAAAUCGAUGUCGAUACCGAAAAUGGCGGUUUGAAAUUGGAUGAAAAUUUUUUAAUAGAUUUUGGAAAAGAACCUGACGGACCCGUUUUAGCUCACGAAAUGAGGUAUCCGGGUGGUGAUUGCACAUCGGAUAUUUGGUUAGCACCUUGCGAGUAG